AUGGCGGAUGUAGUUGAUGAUGGGUGGACAGUAGUGGUCGGUCAACCAGCCAGUGAGAUUCGCGAAAAGAAACAGAUUGAAGAAUGGGAGCGCUCGAAAGGGGGAUGGUCUGGAUUUGGUAAACACCCCCAAAACUGGACUGACCUUAAGAAAUUACACCUAUCGACGGAGAAAGAGUUGGGAUCUGGAAGCUAUGGGCUUGUGCAGCGCGUUACGUAUGGUGCUGUUACCAUGGCCCGCAAACAUGUGGUACCUCGUGGUGGAAUGACGGUCGAAAAGCUUCGAGAGGAAGCUAAUGCCAUGGAGGAAUUGGCACAUAAACAUAUUUUGAAGCUGGUUGGGACUUAUACCUUGAAGCGCAAACAUUUAUACCUCCUCCUUUACCCCGCGGCAACUUGCGAUUUGAGCACAUUUCUCGAUGAUAUAGAUGGGAUUCGUUCGGACACGUGCGCGGAUAGGGACGAUGCCAUGAAAAGACUUCAUGCCCUUGGGCUUAAGGAUAUUGGAAAAAUCGAUGAUUUGUGCAUGUUGAGGCGACCAAUACCCCCUUCGGAUUGUUCGACACAUAUAAGGAGAACAGAAACCGCAUUGGGAUUCCUACAACAAGUUAUGGGUUGCAUUACGGAAGCAUUGGGAUUUGUUCACGAAAAAGGUAUCCGGCAUCGGGAUCUAAAGCCAAAGAAUAUUUUGUUGAGUCCGGGUCGGGUAUACCUCGCCGAUUUCGGUAUCGCGAGAGAUGUCAGAGAAUCUGAGAAUAGUAUAACCUGCGGCAGAUAUGGUACCGCGUCAUGGAUAGCUCCGGAGGUAUAUGAUGGAGAAGAUCAUCAUAUGUCAAGGGCAGAUGUCUUUUCCCUCGGUUGUAUAUUCCUCAAUAUGGCGACAGUAUUAUAUGGAGAUUCAAUUGAAUUGGCGACAUUUGACGAAGUAAUGAAGGAGAAGGAAUGGCCUACAAAAUAUGAGAUGCUGUCAGCUCAUUUGAAUGAACUACGGAACAAGGCAAUAAGGGCAGCGCUGGCUGAUGAAGAAGAGCCCAAUUUUGACGCUAAGAAUAUACUAGGCCUUGUGGAAAAGAUGUUGUUAUAUGAUGCUGGACAACGACCUACGGUAAAGGAGGUUAACGAAAGGUUAUGUGAACUUGGGGGUCUGGAUCAAAUCUAUCAUCUAUCUUGCUGUCAUAAAAAGAAUGACGUUAUGUCUCAAUCAAUAAAUUCGAAGAUGAGAACUAUUUCCGAAAGUAGUCUUUCAUCUAAGCUCAAAAUCUCUGAACUCGAGAUGGAGAAUCGUACUCUGAGAGAACGUCUCACAACUCUUCAAAACAAAGACCAAACAUACGAAUUACGAAUUGAGCAUGAACGCAAUCAUGCGAAGAAACAAAACGAUGUACUUAAAGAGCGAUAUGAAAAACAACUGAAGGCACAAACAGAAGCCUUGACCCGUGCAGAAGAGCGUAUCAAGGCAUUAGAAACCAACGGCAGUCAUAAACGACGCUCAUCUCACAACAGAGGCAGAGGCCGGAAUAUUCCCCAAGGAAGUCUCCACACCAACGGUAACCUCAAUAUCAACAAUCUAGCUGUUCAUACAAACCACAACCACACCAUUCAACCUACGAAACCAAACUCGGGCCCCAAAACACCCGAAGGAUAUUUUACAAACAUUCCACAGAGAAAUGCAAGUUUCACCAAUCUAAAAGAUACCACACUCCAGCGCCGACCCUCUGGUAUUCCAAUACCUACUCGCUCAUCAACACCAAUCAUCACACCUAAUAGACCGGCAUUCCAUUCCCCUGGAAGUGGAAAUAGUACAUUGGUUAGUAGUACACAUUCGGUAUUCUCGAAUAAGGGUGGUGCGCAGACGGAUGGAAGUAUUACUUCGGUAGAGAGUCCAAGUGAGACGAUGAGUCCGCCUGAUAGUCCGAUUGAUGGUUUGAGGAUGGGGGAAUCGACUUCGCACUUGAUGAAAGGACCGCAAUUGGAGAGUACGAGGCUAAAGAUAGAGGGGAAAGAAAAGAUGAAGGAGAAGGAGAGGACGAUUAAACCCACUUGGGCGAAAAUGGUGAGAGGGGAAAUAGAGGACGACAUUGGGAAGAAAAUCUAA